UCCGUUUCGAUCGAAAAAUGGUUCGAUUCGAUCGAAAAAUUUUACAUGGGAAUCAUUGAAUCCGUAUCGAUAGUCACAUUUUCGAUCGAAUUGAACUUAGUUACCGACGCGAUAAAAUGCUUUCCGCGGCACAUAGAUGUCACUAAUUUCGGAAUCAUUGAUACCGCAAUAUCGAAAAUUUGCAUCGAAAUCAAUCCGUUGGUGAGUGUGUUGCGGAAAUUUUAAAGAAAUGGAAAAUUUAGAUAAGAGACAAAAACACACUAAUAAAACACAAUUUGAAGUGUUAGUAAAUGAAAUGAAGUUACACCCCGACAUAGCGAAAGGAUUUUCGCAGAGAGCACCAGGCGAAUUGAAUAGUUUUUGGGAAGAAAUAUCAAAUAAACUGAACGCUUUAGGUCCUCCAAUCAAGGACAGAACUGGAUGGAAGAAGGUUUGGACAGAUUUUAAGUUUGCAACAAAGAAAAAAAUGGUAAAAAAUGCAAAACACAUUUCUGGAACAGGUGGUGGGCCCUUCAGCCAAGUUUCUUUAAGUUCACUUGAAGAGGAGGUGAGUGUUAUACUGUCACUCAAUACAUCAGUGAAGGGCUUAAAAGGCAUUAACAGUUUUGGAUGCUUACCACUCACUUCAAUAGAAAAUAUCCCUGAUGAGAUUCCUACAACAAGUAGUGCUAGCAAGAGACCAGUUGAGUCAAUUUUUUCCCAGCCUGACAUUGAAUUGGUUGAACCUACAUCACAUAUGACUCCUGGUCAGGCAAUAGAAUCUAAUGUGGAUGCCGAUAUUUUCUGUACUCCACAUAAAAAGAACAAAACAAACAAGAUGGAUCUUCUUACAGAACAAAUAACGAUCCAAAAAAAAGUGGAGACAAAUAUUUCAAAACUGCAGGACACGCUUGUGAAACAUCAAAAAGAAUAUAUUAAAGAACAGUCCGACACAAAUAGGUGGCUUAGAAAACUUAAUGAAACUGAAAAGGAUAAAUUAAAGGAAAUGAAGCGACAUAAUUCCGUCAUGGAAAAAAUAGCAAUAGAUAAAUUAGAAACCAAAAAGAAAAUUUUAGAACUAGAACUUGAACAUUUAAAUAAGCCAUAAGUUUUUUUGAACUAACAAAACAUUUCGUUUU